CUCAACUGUCGUCUUGGUGUGAAGAUCUUGGGAGGCUCCUGCUCCUGAGACAUCAGAAGACCAGGGAGGAAGGAGACUCGUCGUCGUCUGGUCUGACCAAGACAAACUCUGAUUCGAUGCACCAACAGAUGCAGAAGAGUCUGCCUCCAGUGCCACACAGCGAUUCUGCAUGGCAGGGCCAGCCUCAGCAGCCUUCCCAGCAGUCUUUGAGUGUCGUCACCACAGUCUGGGGGGUGACGCAAACAAGCGACGCAAAUAGCAUGAUUAACAACUCAUAUAGAGGUCAGGGGGGUAACAUGAAUGCCCAAUACAACGGUCAGCAGCAUCCGUUCUCAGCAGCAGCAGUAGGGCAGAACAAGCCUUACAACAUGCAAGGGAUGCCAGGAUACAGAGGGCAAGGGGGCCCUUAUAGGGGCCAAAACAGCAUGCAACCUGGUAUGGGAGGACCUGGGUACCCUAACCCGCCCCACAACGUCCCCCCUCACAUGGGACCAGGAGGGGGAGCACCACACCCUGGUCCCCAGAAGCAGGCAGCGCCAGGACAGUUCCCGCAGCCGGCGGCCGCUGCAGCAGCAGCAGUGAUGGCGGCAGCAGCAGCAACUGUCAACGCGGGUGCAACGGCAACAGCCACAGCGACGGCUACCGCAACGGUAUGUCUCAAAGAAGAGGACCAGCAACAGAUGGGAGACUAUGGAAUGAGUGGUCAGCAGCAACAGCAACAGGGAAUGUACAAUGAUCAGUACUACCUUGGGGCACCUCAAGUUAGUCCCAUUCAACAGCAACAUCAUCAACAGAUGAGAUAUCCGGAGAGUGGACAGCAGCAGCAGCAACAGCAGCAGCAGCAGGGAAUGUAUAAUAACCAGUACUACCAUGGGGCUCCUCCAGCGAGUCCCAAUCAACAUCAUCAUCCACAGAUGAUGCAUUCGGAGAUGAGACCACAGCAGGAGUUUGUGAACCAGUACCCACCGGGUGGCGGGAUGCACCAGAUGGGACCGAUGAUGGGUGGUGGAGGGGGGCCAGGAAAGCACCCUAUGUACAGUGGACAGGUGCCUAAUAGAAGUAUGGCUGGUCCUCAACCUCAUCCAACUUCCUAUAACAAGAGGCCUUUUCCUGGUCCACAGGGGUAUAACCCGAAUCCCAUGAACAACCAAGGCUACCAGAUGGGACCGCAAGGCCCGAUGCCCAUGAAACCAGGCCCCUACCCAGGAGGGCACCCAGGCGGGCACCCAGGGGGCCAUCCAGGGGGGCAUCCCGGGGGUCAUCCGGGAGGAGGCCAGCCGGGCGGUCCUAUCCCAGGAGGACCCAUGCCCAAUCCCAUGCAGGGGCCCAUUAGGGGAGGUUAUAUCAAUAAACAGGGUAACCAAUUCUUCCCCAGGGGAGGCCCACCACCCCAGGGACAUAUGGGAUCCAUGCCAGCACCACAGGGAAUGCAAAACAAUGCACCAAUCAACUUCCAGUCACCGAUGCCGGGUAACCCGACACCGCCCCUCACCCCUAGUCCCAACAUUCCCCCACCUUACAUGUCACCUACAGGGCCCGGUGACAUCAAACCCUUCCCAAGACCACCGGAUAUGAAGACGGCAAGCGAUGAGAUGUGUAUGACGUUUCCUGUAAGAGAUGGUGUGGUCCUAGAACCGUUCAGGUUAGAACACAACCUAGCCGUCAGCAACCACGUCUUCCACCUCAGACAGUCUGUCCAUCAAACACUUAUGUGGAGAUCGGACUUGGAGCUACAGUUUAAGUGCUAUCACCACGAGGACAGACAGAUGCAUACGAACUGGCCAGCGUCUGUCCAGGUCUCGGUCAAUGCUAACCCACUGACCAUCGAGAGAGGGGAUAACAAGACCUCUCAUAAACCGCUCUAUCUGAAAGGGGUCUGUCAACCAGGCAGGAAUACUAUUCAAAUUACCGUCAGGGCUUGCUGCUGUUCUCAUUUAUUUGUUUUGCAAUUGGUGUACCGACCGACCGUCAAAUCAGUAUUACAACGAUUAUUACGAAAGAGGUUGCUACCUGCCGAGCACUGCAUCACAAAAAUCAAGAGGAAUUUUUCAAGUGUGGCGUCAUCGACGGGUGGACUGAGUGAAGACGGAGUAGAACAGACAGCGAUUAAGGUGUCUCUAAAGUGUCCCAUCACGUACAAACGUAUCACCCUUCCCGCGAGAGGGCAUGAUUGUAAGCAUAUCCAGUGCUUUGAUCUUGAAUCCUACCUCCAACUCAACUGUGAAAGAGGGUCAUGGAGGUGUCCUGUCUGCAACAAAACUGCAUUACUGGAAGGUCUUGAGGUUGAUCAGUUUAUGUGGGGGAUACUGACGGCUGUCCAAUCAGCAGACUUUGAGGAGGUGACGAUAGACGCUUCAGCGAGUUGGAAACCGGUCCCUGUAAAGAGUGAAUUCAAAGAGGAAGAACCAGAUUCAUGUCACGCCCCCAAGAGGCAUAAAGCCAUGUCCCCAGGUAGUAUGACGAUGCCUAGUACUCACCAUUAUGAAGGAGGACCUAGUCCAUCACCUUACCCCGUCCCUAACCUAUCAUCUCCAGCUGAAUUCAAUGGAGCCAUGAGACCAAAUUCAAACGCAAAUCCCAAUGUUGGUGGUCCACCUAACUUCCGAAACUUCCCUGGCUUAUCACCCCACGGUGCAGGCGGUGGGGGAGGAGGAGGAGGGGGCGGUGGAGGGGCACCACCAACCCCUAAUCCUAACAGCUUCAAUGGUCCAUCAAUGAUGCCAUCAUCGGAUGACAACAUUGCUACCACAGACAUGUAUCCUGUAGAAAAACAGUUUAACCAUGCAUUACCGCCAAUGGGCAUGAAUCAGCCUCACCCAGCCGGUCAACCGUCCCAUAGACACCCCUCACCGAUGCAGCACCAUCCCAGGAACAACCCCACUGGUCCUGGUACACCUACAUCUAUCGCUUCACCAAGGUCAAUGCAUACCAGUAAUCCUAACCUAAGACCACCAACACCGGGGGUACCUCCUCAUACACCUGGUAUGGGACCAAGUACACCAGGAGUGGGGCCUAUGACACCGAACAUGAACCCUCAUACUCCAAACAACAUGCCCCAUACGCCAAACAAUAUGAACCCCCACACGCCUAGCAACAUGAACCCGCACACGCCCGGGAACAACAUGCCGCACACGCCCAACAACAUGCCGCCGACGCCGAACAGCAUGGGCAACACCACCUCUACCUCGAUGAUCCAACAACCGCACACGCCGGGUGCCUCCUCCAACCCACCUUCGCAUCCCGGUAUGAACGCCAUCAACCAACGCUCCCACCAAUCACCGAAUCCUGGACCACCUCCGACCACCUCAUCGACCAAUCAGUUACCAGCAUUACUCGGCCACGGCCAAGUGAGCGGCAACCCGACGACCAAUGGAAGCACGGCAGGGCUCGACUCUCACUCGAGAAGUAACAGCAUAUCAAACAAUCAGGUCAACAAUGCCAGUCAUAACUUAGACUUUGACCCAGCAGCAGUGAUAGAUGGAGGAGGAGAAGGACAAGAAGGCUUAGAUUUAUUACCGGACAAUAUGGUGGACGUGGACAUUCUGUCAAUACUUGGCCAAAGCGACAAUUCAGCCGCAAACAAUGACAGCGACGAACUCCUUUCAUUAUUUGACUCGUGAGAGUAAGACAAUACAAAACUCAUUUUGAGAUAGACUCCAUGACACGAGAUAGGAAGUGAUGUUAUUGAAUCGGUGCUAGAGAGUGACCGAAGGAGGUUUGCUACUCGGUCGGACCAUGAAUAGUCGAGGAGGAGGGUUGUCACAUAGAUACAGUUUGCAAUCCAAAGACUUCUGGCGCGAGGUCAAGGUAGCUGGAUGCUGUCGCAAUGGUAACAGACACCGCUCAUCUAGCUUCCACAGGUGAUGACUUAUGAGGGCUGUUUGUGAGACAUGGAGAGAUUAUACAGAGGGAUAGUUUCAUGUUGAGUUUGGAGAAGGAUAUUGCGCUGCUGAAGUACUGCUGCAGCGUGGCUUACCCCAAGAACAACUCUUCUUCCAGGAUGAUGAGAAGGCCCUCUGCGUACUGAUUCCAAGAAAUCCCUACCGUUCACCAACAAUCUCAUGAUCAGAUGCACUCCCAUUUCUGAUGGAAACAGAAACAAGUAGUCUUCAUGUGGCUUAGGGUUUAGAGAUUGUGAAUUGACCAGUGGAUUCUUGAAGUCAAGUACUUGGAGCUAACCAUGGUCACUUUCAUCUUGAACGACGUUGCUGUCCACAUCACCUGAGAGGGAGUGCGAUGGGCCCUGCAGCUUCAAUGGCUUCUGCUUCUCUAAGGUCUCUGAUGAUAUCCUCUUGAGGGACUGAGCCAAGGUAUCCGCUGCAAGUAGAUCAACUUACUCUCAAGGACAAACUGCAUCAUCAUCAUUGGCCAGAAGGGCCUUGAAAAUAAAACAGGUUGAUCAAAUUUGGGGUUUGACUUUGGCACGUACUAGGUACAAGAUUUGUAAGGCAUCCAUGACCUCUAUGUUCGUGCAAAUACAAAUUCUUCUGAUCAUCUGUGCAGGUCAUUCUGUACUACAGCAGAUGUCUUCAAGUACCAGGAGAAAUGAUCCUCUCAGUGAUGGUUUCUGUCAAACCAUACUGCUUUUUUCAGAUUGAGCAACGUUGAAUCACUUAGAUAUCAACAAUUUAGCAUUAUCUGAGAACAUCCCAGACAGCAUGGAUCAAAAAGAGAUGGAGGAAUAUAACGAUCAACAGUGUGGAUGGAAGUCCAUUUAUAUCUUCCCCCAAUGGGAGUGGUCAUCAUGUCUUGACGUUUUCGAAGGCUAUAUCACCUUAAGUUAUUUUUGGUAACAUACAGAGAACAAGAGCUUGUUUGGUUGAUUGUUGGUUUGGAGACCGGAACGUGAUGCAUGGUCAUUCUAAACAGGAAGCAAGCUCCUUCUAUGGAUAAACAUGUUUUUUGAAAGCUGAAUAUAAUUUCUUGACCACCAAACCAUCUCUGCAAAUGUCCUUCUAUCUGUAUAUACUCAAAGAAUAAUACCUUGAGUUUAUGAACUCAUUUGAUUAUGUUUGCGCGAAGCAAUCCAAGCAACUCGCAAGUUUUGUAUAAAAGAAAGAUAUCACGCAAUUGUGUGAGAUUUAAAGGACAGGAUUUUAUUUUUAUUUGUCUAUUCGUUCAUGUGAAAGGUUGCUAACUUAUUACUGUUUGUGCUUUUGUUGUAAUUUAUUUCUUGUAAAGUGUAAAUUUUUUGACAAAGGUUAAUUACUUGGGGACCUUUUUCCCCUUAUUUUGUAUGGAAUUCCGAGGAAGAGUUUAUAAUUUUUGUUGAUGGAAACCUGUGCUUCACAAUACAAAACCAUCCCUUACAUUGCCGCUAUGUGAUGUCUGUCAAGGUCAGACUCGUUGGUGAUUACUUCAAAAGACAGUGAAGUCAUCGGACAAUUCAGCCAAACUGAACAGUAUUCAAAGCCUAGAUAAUAUACAUUACCAAGCAUGUGAUAGUUUAUACCAUUGACCCAGGACCAUGAUUUAUUUUCCAUGCAUUAUUAUCCAUGGAAGGUCAAUAUUUUUGUAUAUUUUACCAUUUUCUUUUAUAUUUCAAUUUUUUUAUUUAUUUCUUAUGUGAAAGAAACGCCAAAUGACCACCUGACGAGAAGAUUAAAAGGAAAAUAAAGCAGCCUUAUCCAUUAGAAUUCCAAAUUGUAGUAUUAGAAGCAUUCCUAAUGACCUUGUUUUUAGCUGCGGGCGGAUUC